UUUCGAAAUCGUGUCGAAAUUUCAAUACGCAGAGCAGCGGAAACGAAACAAACUGCCGAAAGACAUCUGACAACAAAUAUCUUUCAGCGCAAAAAAUUUCAAUUGUAUUUGAAACCGCCAUGAUUGCUGCCGCGCUGCAACCCGUCUCAGCAGCCCCUGAAUAUCUGUGCUUCGCUAAGACCCGGAGUAGAAGAAAACCCUUGGUUACUCUCCGGAAUUCGCUGGUAAUCGAUACGGCGGCGGACGAGCAGGCCUCAGCCGAAACACCACCGGAAUCCGUCUCCCGCCGCCUUAUACUGCUCCGCCACGCCAGGAGUUCCUGGGAAGACCGGUCACUCAGAGAUCAUGAUCGACCUUUGAGUAAAUUGGGACGAGCUGAUGCUGUCAAAUUAGGUCAGAAACUUGAGCAGUUGGGUUGGAUUCCUCAACUUGUACUAUCCAGUGAUGCAAAGAGAACACGGGAAACGUUGAAAAUUAUUCAGGAGCACGUGCGUGCUUUCUUGGAAGCCGAGGUACAUUUUGUUUCGAGCUUUUACUCCGUUGCAGCCAUGGAUGGGCAAACAGCAGAGCACCUUCAACGGACCAUAUGUAAAUACUCAAGAAAUGAGAUUCUUACAGUAAUGUGUAUGGGCCAUAACAGAGGAUGGGAGGAGGCAGCUUCGAUGUUCUCUGGUGCCUCCAUAGAACUGAAGACUUGCAAUGCUGCUUUGCUUGAAGCAACUGGGAACUCAUGGGAAGAGGUCCUACAUAAUCUCUAUGUUGUAGCUUGUAGUUUGAAUACUUCAGUUCUUUGCAGUUUUGACAUAGCAUUUUCUUUAGCAGGAUUUGGUGGUUGGAAACUGCAUGCUGUCAUAAAGCCCGAGUCUGAUCUCCUAGGUGUUGUUUAAGUUGAGGCCAAAUUAUCGUCCCAGCUGUCAGUGAACUUGCUCCGCUUCAUCUACACUUGAGAUCUGACACGAUCGUGUCAAUAGAGGAGUUAUGGGAAUAAGUUGUCCAUGUGGCUGCUAUCUUCCGAGGUAGUUCUACGAGUUUUCCUACUUGUUGCCACCUCACUGUAGUCCUAUGCUUUGAUUGCUGGAAAUACGAGUGCUCAUGCGCUAUGCUUAUUCAGCUAGCGAAAGUUCAUUUUUUGGAUGAACGUACAUAUUGAGGAAAGGCAUCUUUUGUACAUUUUAGGACUAUUCAGAGCAUCCAGCCAUCUGUGAGGAAAUAUGUUGCUAUUACAUUCCAAUGGAGUUCUCUUCAUGAAGAUGUUUUAUCUUCUGCAUAUGUUAUUAUCGCCACUUCAUUUGUAUUGAUAGCUAAAAUGCUAAAACUACUGUACAAUCGGAUUAAUAAAAAAGCUUUGCUAUAUUA